AUGGCAAGCAAGAGAAAACAAGGAGCAGGCGAGCUGGGCAUACGGGCUGCUACUGGCAGGUGUGAGGUGCAGUUGAGUGUGGCGGCUGCCUGUGAGGUUGAACGAAGGGUUGCUGCUGCGAGCGUCAGGUGCAGCUGGGCGUGCGCUCUAGGCUGUGGCCUGUUGACGGGCUUGAGGCAGCGUGUGGUGCAGCUGGAAGCUUGUGCUACGUGCGCUGCGGGUGCUUGUGGGUUGAAGCAGGGUCGCACGCGAGGAGGAACUUGCAGGAGCUUGGCGCGCGCGAGAAGAAAUUUGCAGGAGCUGUUCACGCGCGAGGGAGGACUUGGCAGGAACUUGGUAAGAACAAAGGAGAGGGGCUAUUGUGAGGAGUUUGUGAGGGGCAGUAGGGGAGCUGUUUGGGCUGCUAUCUUGGUUGUGUUUUUCUAUCCGAAAGUGGGGAAGGACCUGAAGUAG